AUGGCGUCUUCCUACACGAUUUGGGCACUAAUCCUCGCCAGUCUCUUCUCCGUCAACACCGCCUCCACUCUCCCCGGCGACGAUACGGGAGGCGGCAACAGCAGCAGCCUCUCCGCCUACCAGGUCCUGCAGCAGUACGACUUCCCAGUCGGGAUCCUGCCCAAGGGAGUCACCGGAUACAAGAUCGACCGCGAAACCGGGAAGUUCGAGCUCUACCUGCCGGCGACCUGCAAGUUCAAGAUCGAUUCGUACGAGCUGGAGUACGGGACGACGGUCAGCGGCGUGGUGACCACGGGGAAGAUCAGCAAUCUGGAAGGCGUGAAGGUGCACAUCUUGUUCAUCUGGCUCAACAUCGUCGAGGUCGUUCACUCCGGCGACCAGAUGCAGUUCUCUGUUGGAAUCGCCUCCGCUGGGUUCCCCCUCGAUGGGUUUUACGAGAGCCCCCAGUGCGGAUGUGGGUUCGAUUGCGACGGGUUGGAGGAGGAGGAUCUGUUGGUGGGCUCUGCUGUUUCCUCGAUCUGA